CUCUUUUUCCAUGGUCUCAGCUAUACAAAGAAGGGAGCAGCUUAGUGUUUGGGUGGUCUCCUCAGUGAGAGGCUUGAGAACUUUGGGGGAAGAGCCUUGAGUGGCUAGUUCUUCUCUGCUAAAUCAGUCAUCGUGUCGCGGCAGGAUCCAAGGAGCAGACUAUUUGGUGAAGGUCUUUCUCCCAUCAAAGAAAGAAUUCUGAGACAGGACAAGAUAAGGAAUUGAAAACUCAUACACUUAAGGGAUACUAGUUUUAUUGAACUGUACUUGGAAAGUAUUUUUUAAGAAUGUUGUCAGAAGGGUAUCUUAGUGGACUUGCCUACUGGAAUGACAUCCAUUGGAACUGUGCAUCUUGUAAUGAACCGGUGGCUGGGGAACAGGGAGAGGAGACAAGUUCUGUUGCUGCUCUUUCAUAUUCCUCUGUGGAUGAAACACAAGUCCAAAGUCUUUAUGUGAGCUGCAAAUCCUCUGGCAAGUUCAUUUCAUCAGUGCAUGCGAGAGGGAGUCACCACAACAGAAGCCAGAGAAGAACAGUGCUGCAGACAAAUCCCAACCCUGUGUUUGAAAGUCCAACCUUGGCCACAGUUGACAUUUGCAGAGAUGUGAUCAGGGAGACCUAUUUGGUUCCAUCUUCUUGCAAAAGUAUUUGCAAAAAUUACAAUGACCUACAUAUUGCAGGGGGACAGGUGAUGGCCAUUAACUCAGUAAUGGCAGAUUUUCCCUCAGAGAGCAGCUUUCAAGAUGGUCCUUUGCUGAGGUCAUCUGAGAUUUCUUUGUCCAUGGAGGACUCCAUUUCCACUCAGCCCACUGAAUUUCCCUUCAAACCUAUCCAGAGGUGCUCAUCCUACUGGAGAAUAACCAGUAUCAAAGAGAAAAGCAGCCUGCAAAUGCAGAAGCCUAUUUCAAAUGCAGUGCUCAAUGAGUACCUGGAGCAGAAGGUCGUGGAGUUAUAUAAACAAUACAUUAUGGACACUGUGUUUCAUGACAGUUCUCCUACCCAGAUUCUGGCAUCAGAACUCAUCAUGACAAAUGUGGACCAAAUUAGUCUUCAAGUAUCUAGAGAGAAGAAUCUGGACACAUCAAAAGUCAAGGACAUAGUUAUUAGCCACCUAUUGCAGUUGGUAUCAUCUGAGAUCAGCACCCCUAGUCUCCAUAUUUCUCAGUAUAGUAAUAUAACUCCAUAGAGAAGAUUCCUGUCAAUUCCUCUCAUUCCUAUCAAUCCCAAAGUAAUACUGUAUUCAUUUAUUCAGAGAAUGUGAUGGAGGGAAUUAUGGAGGGGAAUUAAAGACUAGUAAAGGGAAGUUUGGAAAUCAAUAUUACUAUACAUACUGAAGGAAUGCAGGAAGAGGAACCAUGAGGAAUGGUUUCAAGGGCAGGUUUAUACAGAAAUAGAGCAAAAAUAAAAAUGGUUACAGAGGAAGGAAGGUAUUACAAUUCAGUUAUAGGAGUGCUGAAAUUGUAAGAGAGGCCAAAUCAGGAACAAAAGGAAAUAGUAUGGUCAAAAUAAAAAGCUAACAGGUUUCAGGAUUGGGAAUUAAACAUGUAUUUCAUAUUCUUGUAAAUUCCUCUAGGUUGUUUCUUCUAGAAAGAAAUGGACUACAAGAAGGUUGUUAAAUUUGGAUGGACUGACAUUUUCCCAAGUAUAAGCUUGUAUCUUUUUUCUCUAUUCUGUAUCAGUAGGUCAUUUAGGUAUAUUCUUCAUAAAUAUUAAAGGUAUACCAAACAAAUUGCAAUUAUUUUAAAUUUUUU